ACUGCUGUGCUCGAGCGGCGCGACGGGGGUGUGACGACGAAGGAGUCGCUAUCUCUCUCUCCCUCUCGCCCGCUUCAUACAACCCCGCGCGUCGGACUCGUCGCGGAGCACGGAAUCGAAAGACACGCGGGGGCGCGCGCGAGCUUUAUUUUUUACAGUUACGAUCGUGUGCGUGCGGCUGUCGUCCUCGUCGUCGUCGUCGUCGGUAGAAAACGAGCCCAGUCGAAGAGAGAGAGAGAGAGAGAGAGAGAGAGAGAGAGAGAGAGAGCUGCUCUUUGGUCAUGUGACUCCUCGUCGUAGCUCCUCUCUCGACUCUCGCGCUGGCUCUGUGUACCCCGCGAGUCAGUGUACACACGGAUGCAGCGCGAGGGGAAGCUCCGUUCACGAGGGGCGAGCUGCUAGUGCGCGCGAGGGAGAGCACCGAGCACGUUGCCUUUUGCUGUGUCCUUACACCGUUCCGCCCUUUGAGGCUGCCGGCACUGCUGCACUGCUCUUGAUUCCUGGGUCGAGCGCCAGGAUCCUCUAGGCUGUACGUCUGCUCGCAGAAGAGCAGCCGAAUGUUGCUGCAGCGAAGAGCCAGCAUCAGCAACGAGGACCAGGCUGAGACUCCUAGGUUGAGCCGAGGACGCAGAUAAAGAGCCAUUGGGCUAACGACGGUUAUACGAGGGUGCGCCGGUACUUUGGCAGAAACGGCGUGGCACAGAUGCGGUAUGGCCCUGCCGCGACUAUCGCUCAAAAGAUGCUUCCUCUACGUAGUCUGCAUCACGGGUAUGCUGCUCGUCGUCAUGAACGUGCGGCAGAAGGAGAUCUGGCACGGCAUCAGGCCCGAGCAGGUCCAGCCCGCUGCCAGGACCAUGCCAGACGCCGCCAAAAUAAAGCUGCUCUCGUCGGCACCUGCGAGAUCAGCAGUGACGACGAUGCCGAAGCUCUCGACGAGAGUUUGCCGACCGAGACUCGCGCUCAGAAAGCUACCAGUCGAGAUGAACAACACGACGGGGAUGCCAAAUUCUAUCGAAAACACAAUCGAUAUAAGCGAUCCUGCGAAGAGGCCAUGGUACAUGAAAGGCGGCCAGAGAAGACCGAGUCCUGCUUUGAAGUCACGGCGCACUGGUAGAAGACAGGCGCGUCUUUGGCCUGACGAAGAUCCUAUUGAUGAUCGCGUGACAAACCAGCUCAUGUUCGUUCCGCCGGAUUAUAACAGAUCAAGCCUUGACAUCCGCUUCAAAAAGAUUUAUAUACCGCACGGAAUGAACGAGGCGAAAAGCGGUCCGGAUCUCUUCUUUCAACAGGGAUGCCCCGUAAAUACUUGCAUGAUAACUCGCGAUAAUCCCAACGAUGCCGAUUUGAUCCUCUUUAAGGAUUACGUUACGCACAUCGGACGAAGAUCUCCAAAUCAGGUCUGGAUGUUGUACUUUUUGGAAUGUCCUUACCAUACACAAAGUGUAAAAAAUGCUAUAGUGAAUUGGACAGCUACCUAUCGGCGAGAUAGUGACAUCGUUGCACCUUACGAGAGGUGGCAAUACUACGAUUCUAGAGUUACCCAAAUCCAACAAAGUUUUAAUUAUGCAGCCAACAAAACAAAGAAGGUUGCAUGGUUCGUCUCUAACUGCCACCCCCGCAAUCAACGUAUGCACUAUGCUAAGGAGCUGGCGAAACAUAUUCAAGUGGACAUCUACGGUGCUUGUGGCACUUUGAGAUGUUCGCGAUCCCAAGCACAAGCUUGCUUCGAUAUGCUCGAUGCUGACUACAAAUUCUAUCUUGCUUUUGAGAAUUCCAAUUGCCGCGACUACAUAACAGAAAAGUUCUUCGUCAACGGUCUUGGGCACAACGUACUACCAAUCGUAAUGGGCGCCCACCCAACAGACUACGCUCGAAGCGCACCAUACCGUUCGUACAUCCACGUAGAUGAGUUCGAAUCGCCGCGUGAGCUGGCCCAAUACUUACACCGACUCGACGCCGACGAUGAGCUUUACAACUCGUAUUUCAAAUGGAAAGGUACCGGAGAGUUCAUCAACACGUACUUCUGGUGCCGGGUUUGUUCGAUGCUGCAUGACGAGCAGCGCACGGCUAAGCACUACCGAGACGUGAAUGAAUGGUGGCGGGGCGAGGGUGUUUGCGCGGCCAAUUCCUGGCGCGAGCUCGAGCAUCUACGCAAUACCUGAGAACAGCUUGCGAACAGCACCGAUGCUGUCGCUACUGACUCGUGAUCGUCUUAACGAUCUCAUAAUAUGACCCGGUUAAGUUGGCGCGAGCGAGAUGACGCGUUGCAGGAGUAACCAAAGAUGACUGUAUGCAAAAAUUUCGGAGACUUUGAACGAGCGAUUUUUAUCGAGCGUCUAUUCUCGUCAAAGAAAAUGGUUUUCAAGGAAUCGAACAGCUUAAUUUUUUAAGACAUCCAUUUGAACUCGUCAUACUGGAAGUGUUUGUUUCGAUACAUAUUUUAUUAACAAAUAAAAGUAUUCCAUUAAGGGGAGGUGGGAGCUAUAGCUUCGCAAAUCCGCCACGGGGUAUUUAGUAUUUCAAAUGCCAAAAAAAAAAACUAACAACCGUAUUGACAUUUUCUUUGGGUAGAAUGAUUUACUGAUCUCAAACCUAUGGCGCUCUGCUCAUUAUAUUGAUAAAAGUUCAAAUUAAAAAAAGUUAAUAAGUAACAUUGGAGUUUGAGGUUGGCGCUGUAAUCGCAUAAACACGCGUAAACACCCGCUCGUAUUUCACAACUUUUACAAAAAACAAAAGUCCGAUUGGUAUUUUUUUUUCGGUAGAAUGAUUCACUAAACUCAACACUAUGGCGAUCUGGUCUUGGUUUUUCAUUGUAAGCUUUAUUCAAAAAGUUAUAAGGAACAGAAAAACAGUGUUUUCAGCUCCCACAUCCCCUUAAGUUGCAUGCCAGAAAAAAAAUCAUUCAAAGCUACAGUGUUACAGACAAUUUUUACAUGUAAUUGCUUUUGGGAAAAGAAAAAAAUUAAAUAAUGUCUUUCUGGCAUUACUCCGUAAUUCGAUAUUAUUUAUAAGUUAUAUUGUACUUGUUGUAAUAGGAACUUCAUUUGAACAAGUAUAAUAUUCUUUUUAAUAAUUUUAUACAAUGCAGAGAUGAGAGAUACUUUUUUUAUAUUUUGAGAAAAAUUAUGUAAAAGUAUCAGCAAAAAAUGACAUAUUAAUCAAGUUUUUUAAAAAUAAGUAUUUACCUUAUUGUAUUUUUUAGUUAGCAUGCAUCAAGAAAAUAAAAGUUAGCAUCAUAAUAAGAUUCAAGAUUAAGACGAGAAAAAAUGUGAAAAACACAUAAAAUCGCGUUGCGAUAUUGACUUAUAGAAUGAAAUAUGAUUAAAUUGUAUAUAAAAACGAGAUAGCUUACAUAAGGGUAUCAAAGUCAAUUUAAACCCAUAUUUUGCGCCACAAAAUAGAAGACGAGAAAAGUAACUAAUUUAGGUAUAAUAAAUAAUAAAAACAAAAUUAGGAUAAACCACGACAUAGUUACCCUUCGUAAUGCAAUUAUCUAUCAUUUUACAAAGUUUGAAAUUAAUACAUAAUUAUUUACCCAAAUGCCAUUCGGCCUACUAUCGGAUUUGAAUUGACUUGAUACUCCAAUAAGUCGAUUUUUUUUAACGUGAGAACAAAAUGGUAUUAUUAUAGAAGUGAUUUCUAAAGGGGAAUUCAAUCGCAAAUUUUGAACAGAGAGUAUCAUUUUUACAUCAUAUAAAUCAAAAUCCAUAGAACGAAUAUUCUAAGAUAGUGCAUUUUAUGUUUUCUUAAACAUAGGAGAAUACUCUUUCAGGUUGUAACUUUAUUGUCAAUUAUAAUGAUUUAAUAGAUUUCGCGAUGAUCGCAGUUGCUAUUAAGGUAUAAUUUAAAUUAGAUUUAUAGCGUCAAAUUUAUAAUAUCUCGCAAAUUUUAUUUUAAAAAUAUGAGUAACCGGAAUACAUAUACAUCCAUUUAUUAAAAAAGACGAAAGUAUGGAAUAUACUUACAACCAUGCAAGAGAUACUAUAACAAAAGCAAUGAGUAUAAUAAGCAAAAGUCAAUAAUGAAAUUCAGUAAUUUUGAUGAGCUUAUAUUUUCGGGUUCUUUGCGUAACUACACUUGUAAUCGUUAUGUUGCUUUUAUAGAUUUUAUGAUACUCUUGGAAGAUAAUUAACCAACGUGUUUUAUACUUAUAGAUAGAAAUUCAAAGAAAAAACGUAUAAUAUGAUGCUAAAGCGUCCACAAUUUAUAUCUUUAUUACAUAAGAAAUUCGAAUGCGCGAGCAAUUUGAAUUAGCACAAUUUUUUCAUAUUUUGAGCGUGCGUCUCGGCACACACGCCAAUUAAUAUAUAGUUCCUAGCGCAUAUUUUAUACUUUGAUGAUCACGAAUGAGCAUCAGUCAUCUCGUGAAACAAACGAAAACAAACAAAUAUGAUGGGAUUGAAUUGUUGAAAAGCAGAGAAUUUAAUUGUUUCAGAGAUUUCUUAUACACACGAUAAGUGUUCCGAUAUGUAGUAAUCAUAUUAUGGAAAUAAUUAACUCUUUGAGUGCAAUGGCAUUUCAUAAGAUACAAUUUGAUAUUACCCUUCUCACGUUUACUUGUAAUUGAGGUAAUAUAAAAUUUUUAUUACCUAAUCUUUUUUGUGUAGUGACAUAUAAUUCUAUAAUGUAAGAAUUAUAUCUUGUAUAAAAAGUAUCGCGCGUAUAACUGAAACGUAUUUCUUCCCUGUGCACGAAACACAGCAUUAGUUAUUAUAACAAAUAUUAAAAGAAAAAAAAAACGUAAAUUACAAGCGCCGAACAAGCCUCUUACAGAGAGCCUUAGUUAUGAGAAAUUGGCGACUGAUUACCAAAGAAACGAUAAUCGUUACGAUUUAUCAUUCUUGUGACUGCGCCAGACGACGCACGACUCUUGAAUGUAAUAUUGUUAUGAUAGAACGAGCCUACGAUAUAUGUUCUAGCACAUUUUGUUACGUUGUGUAUUCAUAUUGUAUAAUACGAGUUGAUCUUGUCUUCUAUAUUUAAGGAUAAGCCAUUUUUUUAUAGCUUAUAGAAAGUUAAUCAACUGAAACUGUCAAUUUUUCACGCUAGUAUAUAAUAUAAUACAUUAUACUGCACGCACAAUCAUACCGACAUUCCCUUUUUUACUAAAAAAAUUAAUUUAUUAGUAUUUGUCAUCAAAUAUUUGCAUUAUUGUAUUACGUUAUUACUAUCUGCAUAUAUAAAUAUUAUGUUUUAACGAAUAUGAGCGUGUGAUGUAAUUUAAAAAAAUGUGUUCAUUCUAGGAUUGUUUAACUACAUAUCAUCGUUUAUUAAGAUACCUUCUCAAUAUAGUCAAAUAGUAAAUUAGUAUACAAAGUAAAAAUGAUAAAAAAAAGAUUAGUAAGGCAGAUGCCAGUGUUUAAUUUUUUUGUGCGCAGCUUUACCAAUAUAAUUAUAACUAUACAUUAUGUUUCAGAUUUAUGUACUGAGCUCUGCCUGAGUUACAUUCUACAAUUUUCAUAGCUCUAAUAAUGUUUUGAAUUUUUUACUCAAUUUAAACAAACUGACUAUAUUGAGCAUGGGAAGUACUUUUUUCGGAAUUGCGAACAUUUCAUUUGCAUUUUUAACUUUCUUAUAAUUAUUGUGCACAUUGAUUGGUCGGUAUAGGUUACAUGGUGCUAAAAGUCUAUAUAACAGUCUUUUGUUUAUUUAAGUCGAAAAAAUUAUUCUUUACUACGUAUUUUUUUGUGAGCGAUCGUCUGUAUUAUAUCCUGUAUUUAGUCUAUGAAUAACAAAAAUUUUGUAAAUAGUAGCUUGUAAAGCGUUAAUCGUUAUUGUGCUCAUAAUGGCUAUGUAAAAACAUAAAAAUCCAAGGUGAAUGAAUGAAGCGUUAAGUUUGCUAUGGACAGAAAAAGACUUAUGAAUUGCAGAAAACGGCAAACGAUAGUCAUAUUCAUACUAAUUAGUCGAAUUGAUUUUAGUGUAUAAUUAAAUUGAAUAUAAACACAAAUUACAAAUUACAAGUUUUGCAAUAUUGAAUUUAGAACGUUAAUAAUAACGAGUGAUGAAUUAAUUCACUGAAAUACAGAAACGAAAUCACUUUCUAUUUUUUUGUUUGUUUUAUCAACUUAAUAAUCACCUAAUAAACGUCCCAUUGUAAGUAUUUAGAGCAAACUUGAUGUUAUUACAGUGUUAACAAAAAAUAGAAUGAAACAACAAAAACAUUUUUCAAUACGACAUGACUAUUAUUUUACAACCUUGGCAAAUUUCAACUGAGAAACAUAAGUUUAUUAAAUUUUCAAUUUGAAAUUAUCAAAUAAAAAUUAUGAAUUAAAAAGAAUAAUAAUAAUAAGAGAUAAUUGAUUCUGAAUAUGAAUUUUUUAUGGUCAAUAAACUAUUUAUUACUUUGCAU